AUGCUGCGGGCCAGGGAAUGGGGCCGCCCUCUGUUUCUGGCCGUGUGGGUGGGUGAGUCUGCUGUAUGGUACAUUUCCACAGAGCAAACCAGCUUUCCAUUUGACUGCAAGAUUGGGGAUAUUUCGGUACCACAAAUCUUAACUCACCCUUCGAGGCUCGUGUUGGGCAGCCACCCCUGGAGGCCUGGGAGGGGUUGGCCACUUCCUCAUCAGUUGGUCGCAGUGAUGCGCUCUUUCCCCCCCCCCCCCCGCUGUGUUCCUGCUGUGAGCACCGUCUUGCUAGACAAAAGGGUGUCUUGUUUAAGGAGCAUCAUUCACGUAAAGCCCGUUUACUGA